UAUCUCAUCGCCGCGGAGCCAGUAGCGGCGCACCGCGAGGACGGACUGCUCGCGCGCUCUCCUCCCUCGCACAAUGACGCGCGGAUGUGCAUCUUCGAGGAGGCAAUUCAAAAACAAAAAAAACAUUCUCGGUGUCUUCCUGUAAAAAAAAAAAAAAACAACAACAACAAAAAAAGGCAAUGGUGCGCUAUUGUCAGGUUUCCCCUUAAAUUGGACCCUCGCGCUCCGACCGGGCUGCUGCGUCGCUGUCGGUCCUCCGCGGAGCCGCCGCAGCGCACGGAGAUGACGGGGCUCCACGUCGGGUGGAUUGUCAAACAAUGGAUGACACACGGGCCAAUCACCUCGCCGAGUCCACGUCGCUGGCCAAAAGCCUCCGGAUCUCGUUAACCACGAGUCGUACAAGCUGACCGAAUUUACCUUCGUCUGGGCUUCGCAAAGAAACCACACGGAUUAAUUCCAUUAUGGACAUUCACGGGCCCGACCCCGUGUGGUGCAGCUAACAAGGAGGAAGCAAUAUACUUGUUCCCUGCUCAUUGAUUUUAGCUGCGUCAACAUGUUUCUCCCCAAGCAGAGAAAAAUCCGGACUUUUGCCCUGCUGAUUGGCGUCAUUACGUUCACAACGUUUCUGUUCAGUUACACCUUCAGGGACCCGUCGGUCGACUUCUUCAGGCACGCUUUCCGCCUCUCGGACGACUUCUUGUCCAAAGGACAAUGUGCCUGUCCGCGGUGCGUGGCGGAGGCGGAGGACGACCCCUGGUUCGCCGAGCGCUUCAAUCAGUCCGUGCACCCUCUGAUGACGAGGGAGAACAGCGUCCUCUCCGAGGAAACCUUCAAAUGGUGGCAGUGGCUGCAGUCAGAGAGGCGGCCGGCCAACUUCAGCGAGGUGGUGGAGGAGCUGUUCCGAGUCAUCCCCGACGAGGUGCUGUACGCCGACGCCGGCCCCAAGCGCUGCCGGACCUGCGCCGUGGUGGGGAACUCCGGGAACCUGAAGGGGGCCCAGUACGGCGCCCUGAUCGACUCCUUCGAUUUCGUCGUAAGAAUGAACCAGGCGCCCACGACUGGUUUUGAGGAAGACGUGGGUGCAAAAACAACACAUCAUCUCAUGUAUCCAGAAAGUGCCAAAGACCUGGACAACACCACCAGCCUGGUGCUGAUCCCCUUCAAGACUCUGGACCUGCAGUGGAUCCUCAGUGCUCUGACCACGGGCACCAUUAAACACACAUAUACACGGGUACCAUCCAGGAUUAAGGCAAACAAAGAUAAAGUGUUGAUUUACAGUCCGACGUUUUUCAAAUACGUCUUCGAUACCUGGCUCGAAGGUCACGGGCGAUAUCCCUCCACCGGCUUCCUCAGCUUAAUGCUGGCCGUCCACAUAUGCGAUGAAGUCAGCGUGUUUGGAUUCGGCGCGGACCAGUACGGAAACUGGCACCACUACUGGGAGGAGAACGAUUUGUCCGGAGCGUUCCGACACACGGGCGUCCACGACGGGGAUCACGAAUACAAUGUCACGCUGCAGCUGGCGGACAAGCACAAAAUUAAAAUGUUCAGAGGCAGAUGAUCAAACAAACCUCAAAAACGUGAGCGUUUUUUUUGUUGUUGUUUUUGAACGAGAGAGACUUCGGGUUUUCAUUUCUACAGACCUUCUCGGGUCUGACAGGCCGUCAAAAAGACAAAAGCACUGCCAUCGGUUUGCAUUGCCCCGAACCCAGUGUAUCAUGUGACACGCCUCGUCAGGACAGCUUUUGUACCGUUGUGCGUGCACACUCUUUUGUUGUGGUCUGCUGUGUAUGUUCACGGUCACUGCGGAUGGAUUGUAUUCAUUGUGUGUAUACGAUAGUUGUCAACGUUCAUCAUUCAUCACGAGCGUCGGACACGUAAUACAGCCUACACACAGGUGCCUUAUCACUCAAAUCGAUACUGUACAUUUGUCCUUUACAACGUGACAUUUUUCAAUAAAAAGUAGUUUUAAGUGCCUUUAAUGGGAGGUUUUUGCUUUUAAAAUGAACUGUAUUGUUAUCAUGUAUUCUUACUUAAAACUAUCUGCAACCUUUACAGGUUUACCACCUUAAAAAAAAGACUGGUCGUGUGAUUUUGUUUCCUCAGAAUGAACCGUUGUUAUUUUCUAUCGUCGCUUUCUGGAGCCAAUCAAACUUUCACAUCGUCCGUCUUCAGCUUUCUUUACGCGCUCGGCAGGUGAGACGAGCUUCAUUUGGUUGCAGUCUGCAAACUCGCCACCAGGUGGCCGCCAAUUCCUCCACACCGCAUUUUUGUGUGACACAGAACAUUUAAGCACUUCUGUCAUUGUCAUUUCUUGAGUAAAUGCCAGAGACCAAAACGUUGGCUCGGCCACACAUCUGGCUUAAUUUAAAGCCAGCUCUGUCAUCCAGGCUUUAAAACACCAGCUGUUUUUGUUGACACGUCACGUUCACCAAAGAAUCUCUGAUCCGCAGCAUUCUAACUCUUGUCAGGAGUUCAGCUGGGUUACGAUUUGAGAUGAUGGCAAGAGGAAGCGCAUCAUUUAUUCAAUUUAAAUCCGACAGCCACCAUGUAGAUUUGUUAUGAAGGGGACACUGUCACCUAGUGGCUGAGAUCAUGUAGAUGUCAAACUUGACCCACUAGUACGUCACACACCUGUAUUCGAUCUUCACUUACAUCCAGCUGAGAUAUAAAUUGUUGUAAAAACCAAACAAGCGGCAACUUCACAAAACAAUUUUGUUGCGUAAUUGAUCACUUUUGGGUCAUUAAUACUGGCUUGUGUGGGGGGGCUUGAUAUUGAAAAACAUUAUUAUUAUUAGCAUUAUUCAGGGUUUUAGUUAUCAAUGAACUCUCACAAUACAGAAACACGUCAUUGGAGUUUUUCGGCUAAAAUAUUUGAUAUAUUUUUCAUAUAUUUAUUCACUUAUUGACAAGUACGGGAAGAAGUGUGGGAAGCUGUAAUAAGCUUGUAUAGUUUUCAGACUAGUAUUCAGAAUCCACUGUUCAAUUUGAUGAUUUGAUGAAAUAUGUCAUGUUUUAUUUUAAAGAAAUGUGUAACAUUUUGGUGGUUCUCGACAGCAAAACAAUUGUUUCAAUAAACAUUGACAUUUUCUUCCCUUCGGCAAC